AUGGAAGAAGACUCAGCAGAGGCCCAGCAGGCGCAGGCAGCGCAGGCAGCGCAGCAGAAACGUCCUUCAACCAUGGAGCAGAUGUAUGCAGCAGUGGUCAGUCAUGACGCUACAGUUCUUCGCCAUGAGGAGCGCCUGCGGACCCAUGAUACUCCAGCCCAGCCUGACCGCGAACCUCGUCUACCGACUCCGGAGAGAUUCAGCGGAGACCCUAAAGACUGCAGAGGUUUCUUGACCCAGUGCUCGCUUACCUUCGAGCUCCAGUCCACCACCUUCCUGACUGAUCGUGCUAGGAUAGCUUACAUCAUCACCCUCCUGACCGGGAAGGCUCGAGCUUGGGCUACCGCCAUUUGGGAGCAGCAAGGUCCUUCCUGUAACAACUACCAGGACUUUACUGCUGAGAUGCGGCGAGUGUUCGACCAUCCAGUCGGAGGUAGAGAGGCUGCCAACAAGUUGUUCCAGUUGCGUCAGGGAAACUCCAGUGUGGCUGAGUAUGCUGUACACUUUCGCACCCUGGCGGCAGAGAGCAAGUGGAAUGUGGAGGCGCUUAUUGCUGGGUUCCAACACGGUCUGUCUAGUGUCAUUAAAGAUGAACUGGCGACAAGGGAUCCGGCCACAGACCUCGAGUCCCUGAUCGACCAGACUAUUCGGCUUGACAACCGAAUGCGGGAGAGGCGACUUGAGCGACAACCGGAGCUUCAGUCCACGCACGGAGCCAGUGCCCCAGUCCCAAGACCCCCAGCCUCAAGUUCACAGCAGUGGCCACAGGAGUCUCUUAGUCCUCCCGAGCUGUCCCGAGUCCCUUCCGAGUACCAUGACCUCAGUGAGGUUUUCAGUAAGGAGAGAGCCACGUCACUGCCACCUCACAGACCCUACGAUUGUGCGAUUGACCUCCUUCCAGGUGCCUUCCCUCCGCGGGGUAGAAUCUUCUCUCUCGCAUCCACUGAGACCAAGGCCAUGGAGGAGUACAUCACAGCCUCCCUAGAAGCUGGAAUCAUUCGUCCUUCGUCAUCUCCUGCCGGAGCUGGAUUCUUUUUUGUUGGUAAGAAAGAUGGCGGCCUCCGUCCAUGCAUUGAUUACCGUGGGUUGAACAAAGUGACUGUGAGGAAUCGUUAUCCUUUGCCCUUAAUGUCUUCAGCUUUUGAGUUGCUGCAGGGGGCAACGACAUUCACCAAGUUGGACCUUCGCAAUGCCUACCAUUUGGUUCGGAUUCGAGAGGGGGAUGAGUGGAAGACGGCUUUCAACACUCCAACUGGGCACUACGAGUACUUGGUUAUGCCUUUUGGGUUAACCAAUGCUCCAGCUGUCUUCCAGGCACUCAUCAAUGACGUCUUGAGGGAUUGGCUGAACAAGUCCGUCUUUGUUUAUUUGGACGACAUCCUAAUUUUUUCUAAGUCCCUCCAUGAACACGUACAUCAGGUCAGACUCGUUCUUCAGCGGCUUCUUGACAACAACCUUUUUGUGAAGCCGGAGAAAUGCGAAUUUCAUGUGUCCGAGGUAUCUUUCCUGGGAUUCAUCCUGUCCCAGGGGAAUCUUUGCAUGGACCCCAAGAAGACUCUGGCUGUACGUGACUGGUCUCAACCCACCUCUGUCAAGGAGGUCCAGCGCUUUCUUGGAUUCGCUAACUUCUACAGGAAGUUCAUUAGAGGAUUCAGCUCAGUGGUUGCACCACUGACCAACCUCACCAAGAAGCAACCAGGGCCUUUUGUCUGGUCUCCAGAAGCUGAGCGGGCCUUUCAAACUCUGAAGGUGAGGUUUACUUCAGCCCCAAUUCUUACCUUGCCUGACCCUUGUCUUCCUUUUGUUGUUGAAGUAGAUGCUUCAGAUUUGGCAGUGGGUGCAGUCCUCUCCCAGCGUCUUCCAGAUGGUAAGCUCCACCCUUGCGCCUUCCUCUCCUCUCGCCUCUCUCCUGCUGAGAGAAAUUAUGAUGUUGGUGAUCGAGAGCUUCUGGCAAUCAAGAUGGCCUUGGAGGAGUGGCGGCAUUGGCUUGAGGGCGCCCAGAACCCUUUCCUGGUGUGGACGGACCACAAAAAUUUGGAAUACGUGCAGAAGGCCAAGCGUCUCAAUCCUCGACAGGCAAGGUGGGCCCUUUUCUUCAAUCGCUUUGAUUUUGUGCUGUCUUAUCGUCCUGGGUCUAAGAAUCAGAAGCCAGAUGCCUUGUCUAGACUCUUUCAGAACACUGCCCAUGAGGGCACGUCAGCGACCAUCCUCCCGGAAUCCAAGAUUGUGGCUCCUGUGCGUUGGGGAAUCGAGGCAGUGGUACGGCAAGCCCAGACGAAAGAGCCAGAUCCUGGUCUCUCACCCUUUGAGUGCCAGUUUGGGUUUCAGCCUCCGCUGUUCCCGGACCAGGAGGUGGAUGUUGGGGUUCCCUCGGCCCAGAGCUUCGUUCGACGGUGCAAGCGUGUCUGGCGUAAGGUUCGGUUGGCUCUUCAGAGGUCUGCACGACGAUACCGGCUUCAGUCCAACCGCCAUCGCAGACCUGCUCCACCACUGCGCCCUGGGCAGAGAGUCUGGCUGUCGACACGAGACCUUCCUCUGCGGGUGGAGUCCCGCAAGCUGGCGCCUCGGUUUGUGGGGCCUUUUAAGGUCUUGAGGAGGAUUAAUCCAGUGUCCUACCGUCUUCAACUUCCCCGGACCAUGCGGAUUAACCCGACCUUCCACGUCUCCCGUCUUCGCCCUGUUGCCACCAGUCCUCUAGCACCUGCAACGAGACCACCACCGCCCCCUAGACUCGUUGAUGGUGAGCCGGUUUACACGAUCAACCGGCUCUUGAAUUCCCGUCGGGUCCAGCGAGGUAUGCAGUAUCUGGUGGACUGGGAGGGGUAUGGGCCGGAGGAACGAUCCUGGGUCCCGGCUAGAGACAUUUUGGACCCGGUCCUCAUCAGAGACUUUCAUCAGAGGCAUCCUGAUUGUCCCACAAGGAACGUCAGGAGACGUUCUUAGGGGGGGGGGUCCUGUCAUGAAUUAUGUGACUGUUGUUCCUUUUUUGGCCAUGUGAGGUCCUCAGUGUUUCUUUUGAUGCAUGUCAUGUGUUCAAGUCACAUGUUUUCGUUAUUGAUUGUUAGUUUCACCUGAGUCUUGUUAAGUUGCCCAUUUAAACCCCCUGUCAUGUUGAGUUCUUUGCUCAGUCUUGAGUUGACACUCCUGUGUUCUCCUGUGUCCGUGAGUUUUUCCCUGAGAGUAUUUUUGUCUCUACGCUAUUGCCGGUUACGGCCUGUACCUUUUCUGUUUCUUGGAUUAAGAGUUGCCUUCUGAUUUUUGGAUUAUUAGCCUGUUCCGACUGUUUUUUGGACUUAACCUUUUUUCUGGAUUUUGAGUUUGCCCUGUCGGAUAC